AUGAAGCCAGCCCAGAUUGCAGGUCUAGUUGCGGCGGUAGUGGCGGCCUUUAUGCUCGCAACAGGUCUCAUGACGCUUAGUAUCUUCAUUAGGAAACGAAGGGAACGGAACGAAAUGAUGAUGUAUGACGAGGAGAAACGACCCUUUUUGAGGUACCCGGCUUCAACAGCAAGACGAAAUGGGCCCGAGACCGCGACAGAGGGGCCUUUGUCCUUUCCAAGUCGGGGAGAACCAGAGUUGCGCGUCACUAGCCGCAGUGAGGCUCGCCAGUCAACAGACUCCUCUGCAUCCAUCCCUAUUGAAGGGAUUGGAGUGGCUAUUAGUGCUGAAGCUACUAACAAACACAAGAGACCCUCUGCUUAUGGUCCCCGGCAUCCACUUCCUGCUGAUACGAGGCAACAAAGACGGCAAACGCUUUGUUUUACGCUGGAAGCAUCUGGCCGUCCAGAUAGCGUUCUCAGUCAGGAUACUGUAUUUGAGGAAGAUGACGGACGGUCGCGGCAUAGACGUUCUGCAUUGCUUCCGGCCCCCCCAGUACCGAUACCACCCAUUCGUACGCUCCGACCGGCCAGGCCGAUUGCACAUUUGCCCCCUAUUGCGACGCAGCAAGAAGUUCCAGCAAUACGCUCUCAGGCGAUUCAACAAGCUAGCCUGUCCCUGGCAAUUCCCGUUCGACAUUCCAGGUCGCUUGCAGAGGUCUUCCCUUCUCCACCGGAAGCUCGCCCAGCAGUUGCAAUGCUUGCGCCCGCCAUACAUAUCUCUGCGACUUCCACUCCACAGGAAGCCGGGGCUAUAAGUGCAGCAUCUUCAGGUUAUGGAACGGAGGGCUACAUACCCGACUACUACUUCAGGCAGCAUACGCCCAUGCCAACUCUGUCGGCUCCACAUUAUGCGCAAAGAACUCCUAAGGAAGCCCCUCAGCUCGCCGCUCCCAAACCCAAGAAAUCUGCGAGCACGGUUUCUCGGACGACAUCGACAUCGACACACGUGCGCGAUUCCAUAUCAUCACAGACGUCUUUUGAGAGUAUAGACUCGAAUGAUCCCACGCCUGAGGAGGACGACGGGGACAAGGAGUUGUCGGAUGCCGCUCGUCUGUCGCCAGUGGCGGAAUCGCCCAUAUCCUCUCUGCGGUAUCCCAAGAUCCCCCGGGCUUCGAAUCAGCGCGUUCCACGCAGUCCCCAGAGUCCCGGAAGCCCGACAAGCCAGCAGGGUCAGGCACCUUUCAGACGUCCCGCGGAGCCUUCUGCUUUGCUUGUCAAACGGCGAGGUGAGAGGGAAGCGCUGAAGCUCGAGAAUGGGCUGCGAAUGGACAGCGUCCAAAGGCCGGAUGGCGAGGGCCGCAACGGAAACCACCAGCAAGUCACCCGAACGGCGAGCAUGCAGACGCGGGAUCCAAGCGCUUCCAACGAUCGCACACAGCCUCGUGGUCGUCGGACGCGGGUCCAGAGCGGGAACGAGCUGAGAAGUCCUGCGAUGUACGGUUUGGAGGCGGUCAGGGCGGUGGACAGCGUUCGGCAUGGGGAGGUUGAGACGGUGCCCAAAAGCCCAGCGUGGGUGCCAAACCUAACGCCGAAGCGCCAUGGAGAGGACCUUUUCCUCGAUGUGAGUUAUACCAAGCCGGUUACAUGA